GAGAGACGAGAGAGGAUCUUUAUACACUUUGAAGAAACUCACAUCUCUACAUCAUCAUUCUCACUCAUAUACACUUUCUCUAUAUAUAUAGACGAGAACCGGAGAGGAAUUGAGAAGGAAAAGCCAAUUAAAGCAUAUAAGAAUGGUUUCGAGGGAACACAAGAGAGGCUCCUCUCUUCGUGAGAAGUUUCAUUUGCUUCGUUCAAUCACUAAUUCUCAUGCUGAGAGUGAAACAUCGAUCAUAGUGGAUGCAUCAAACUAUAUCAAAAAGCUUAAGCAAAAAGUCCAAAAACUCAACAAUGAUCAGAACAUGUCUGAGCAAUCAUUCUGCGACCCAUCCGACUCAAAUCCUACGGUUACAGUGGAAACCCUAGAGAAAGGGUUCAUGAUAAAGGUAAUGUCAGGGAAGAAUGAGGAAGGCAUGUUGGUUUGUGUUCUUGAAACCUUUGAAGAUCUUGGACUUGAUGUUGUUGAAGCUAGGGCUUCAUGUACAGACACAUUUAGCUUGCAUGCCAUUGGUUCAUCACAUAAUGAUGAUGGAGACAGCAUGGAUGCUGAAGCAGUGAGACAGGCAGUGGCAGAAGCGAUCAGGACCUGGAGUGAUAGCCAUGCAUGAUCCAAAUAAAAGUAUUCAUUCGUAUCUAUAGAUAUUUAUAAUUUUGUUUGACCUUAAAAGGGAUCUUAGUCAUACAUAUGAUUACGGAAAGAGAAAAAAUCAAUUGUAUGUCUCUCUGAUUAUUCAAAUUUCUCAAGUAAUUUUCGUGGCACCAAAAAUAAUUAAUUCAUCACUAA